GGCGAAGGGGGAGAAGCGACACGGAACACAGAGUAACAGAGUGCAGGUAAGAGAAGGGGAUCAACGAUGGCAGAGUCGCAUAACAGUAGUAAUUGGUCGGCUGCUGCGAAGAGGCCAUACCAGCGCACCGAAACGGGUAAUGGUCUAAGGGAGGGAAAACCAUUGUUGCCAUCGAGCAGCCAGAGGUCAGCACAGAGCUGGCAUGACAUGUUAUCAGACCCAUGGUCUUUGAAAGCUGUGGGAAAGAAGGACAAGUGCCCGAAGAAAUCGAGGGUCGAAAAGAAGCAGUCGAGAGAGCAUCGCAGAAGCGGGGUCGGCCCCUCUGCGAAAACGGAGCACAAGCGCAGCCGCAAAUCCGGAUCGAAAGUUACAGUCCCUUCGAGUGCACGGGAGAUUUCAACGCUGAAAGAACGUAACGAGUCGCCCCCCUCGACCCCCGUCCGGGGAAAGCGCGGAAGAGGCGCCGAGAACCGUCCGCCAAGGGCCCCGGAAAAAAGAUCGCGAGAUGAUAGAAGCGCGACUACGCACCGCAGAACAAAGAAGAGAAUAUCCUACAAAGACGACAGAACAGUGGAGACAAUCGAUAUUAGAGGGUCUGACGACAGGCACAGCGGACCCCAAGUGGAAGAAGAGGAGGAACACGACCGUUCCGCGCCAGAGAAGUCAGAUGGUGCGGAGGAUGAGGAGCCAGGAAACGAGGGAGACGACAGCGAUUCUUCCCGCAGACAAUCGCAAGACACCGAUGAGGACGACGACAGCAACGGCAAGUCGGCCAGCGAGAGAACCGGCGAAGAUCAGAGCGCCGCUUCGAAAAGAGGUGGUUCGCCAUUUCCUUCGAGGACGCUGCGCAGAGAAGGAGAACGGCAGGCACGCAAUGGCAGCGACACCGAGGAGCGUGUCGAUAACAGACAAAUCGUACAGCACGUCAGCGCCGCCGGAAAAGAGGACGCGUUUUUCGCGGCGGUGCAAGCGACGGCGAAACUGGCAGGGGAGACAGCAGAGGAAGGGUUGCGGUCUCACAUAGCAGAGUGCGGGAUUCGAGCUGUCAUAGGGGAAUGCAACAGAAUGAUGACGACGAUCCGCGGAGAGAUUACAUGGCAGCUGAAACAUUGGUUUUGGGCUGAAAAAGGGAUUCCGCUCGUCGGAUCGCAGCAAACGGACCACCACCUCCCCGCUCGCAACAAGAUGCGCACCGAGAUGAAGGAGAAUAAGACGUGGAGACGGAGCGGCGACGAUCCGUGGGGCGCCCCCGCCUUCAAGACGGCACUCUUAAAAGUUUUUCAGAUGAGGAAGGAAGGCCGGAACCUGGGCGUCACCCUGCAGCAACUGGCUUUUGCGGAAAUGAUCAUUCAAUGUGAGAUAGAACAGACAACGAAGACGACACGAGCUGCGUAGCAGAUAAAAAAAUUGGUAUUUAUAAAGCAGGCAAUCGUCUCAUCUCUCCAGCCGAGACACGAGCAGGGUGACGUGGACUGAGGCUCCCCAUGCCAAAUCGCCUUAUAUAGAAUGGGACACAGCAGUAUUAGGGGCACAGAAAAGG